ACCACUGCACUAGGACUCCCAGGCAGCACUCUUUUCAAAGCCUUGAUCAAAUUUUGUCUCAUUCAGUUGGACUUGGAAACUUUUGUUAUGUUUCAUUUCAAUUCUGACCCUUAACCUAACGCUAUUUCUGUAUAGUUAAUCUACGUGUUUAAACAGAACUGGAAUGAAGCGCUGCCUGAAAAGCUGAACUGAGGGAAUUAAAAUCCCUGGUUGAGCCUUUUCCCCGCUGUUGGGCCUCACUGAGGAGAAAUCAACUCCCUCCUGCUUCCGUUGACAUGGUGUGAAUAUGGCGGCAAAGGAAAUUGUAAACAGCAACCAAACUGAUGUCGAAUAUGUGGUUAACCGCUGGGUAGUGGAUUAUUAUUUGUGUCUUGCGCUGGAGUUGUUUCAAAAGCAGCAAUACGAGGACUUCCGCGGCAUUAGAGAUGUCCUUAACAGUGUCAUCAUGGUUCGUCCUUUCGAGGCCACCGAUUCCAUGACAACAAAGUUGGGAGUAUUGAAGUUUCUCUCCCGGAUAAAUGAGGGUGAAAGUCUUGAACUGUUAUUUGAGUCCGACCAAGCAUUAAGUCCUCUGGAAUCAGCCUUAAUUUUGCUGGAAGUAAUCAACCAGGAAUGCACAAUUCCACAGCAGGAGUUAGAGGAUGUAUGCACUUCACUUAAAGAGAUGAUUGUGGCGAUUUUCAUCAAGAACAAUAACUUUGCAAAAGCAAAAAAGGUGCUGAACAAAUACUUUCCCAAAACAAUGGUUGGCAAGAAAGCUAUAUUCAUGGAACUCAUCAAUCGGAAGAGUAAAGCACAUGAAGUCAUCGAGCAAAUUGACUUCCAACGGUUCAAAGUGGAGAUGUUUGCCUUUUGCCAGAAGCUCUGCUCAGUCAGUGUUCCCUUUCUUCACAAGGCUGCAGAACAGCUUAUUGAUAAAAGACUUGCGGAGCCAGACGACAAUGCAGCUGGACCUGGCAGGCAAGACAAAGCUGGCCCGUCCACGAGUCCACAAAUCAACAUCAUCCAUAAACAUACAACAAGAAGCAGGCUGGAGGCAACCUACAAGGCUUUGGCUGCAGGUUCAGAUCAGAGAACAUUUGAUCAGCUGGAGGAAGAAGUGGGGAGAGAGGAGCCGACAAAAAAAGAUGAUCUCUCCCUGCGCCUCUCACCUUCUCCCGUUAAGGGCACCAAUCAGGACUCAGAGCAGGAUGGGUUAUUUCAGAGAAACUCAGGCAGCCCCAUGGAGGCUUCCCCAGCUGACCAAGCACCACAAACAGAUGCUGUCCCUCAAAUACAGGAAGGUUCACUCUCAAAGACCCCCUCAGUGCCGAGGAACAGGCGGCUUUACACUGUGGCACAACUGGUGGUUGAGCCGGACAGCCAGGGAAGCUCACAGUGCACAGCAGCUUCUCAGGAACUGGAGGCUGAGGUCAGAGCAGAAGAACCACAACAGUCACCAGCUAUACCCAAUAAAAAUGACCUACAGAACCCAGUAACAGACAGUGAGGUUGCCAUACCCACACGGAAACGCAGAGCCACAGCUAGUUUUGAGUUGUCUACUACAGACAGCGAGGAGGACUCCCAUGACUCUGUGGCUAAUGGGGAAACUUCUGUGACAGAACUCCAUAACCAGUCCAACAGAUCUGUCACCAGGAAACUGGCAAGGCAGUUAUCAUCAGACAGUGAGGAAAACCCACAGGAAUCAGUGGCUCCCCACAAAACCCCAGUGCAGAAAACUCUGAAACAACGGGCCAGCACUGGGGCCAGCACUGGGGCCAGCACUGGGGCCAGCACUGGGGCCAGCACUGGGGCCAGCACUGGGGCCAGCACUGGGGCCAGCAAGGAUACAGGUAAUACAGAUGUCUGUAUCACAGAUUCUUCAUUGGACAGCUCGCCUGAGCUGUUCCCUCAGCACCCCAUCCCUCAAACGAGCUCCACCCCUCAUAGGAGCUGUGCUCAAGGCAAAACUCCUUCUACUUCCAAAUGGAAACAGCUGUACAAGAAUGCAAAAGAGAGUAAGGAAACCUGGAGCGAUGAAGAGUCGUGUGUCCACCCCAAAAAGAAUAGCGAUUCGCACAACGAGAGCACUAUGUCAACUUCAGGCAACAGAAGGAAAAAGUGGUCUGAGAGUGAGACGCAAAAGUUGAAAGAAGGGGUCAAAAAGUUUGGAGAGGGCAACUGGAGUAAGAUAAAGGCAUAUUACUCCUUCAAGGAUCGAACAAAUGUCAACCUUAAGGACAGAUGGAGAACGCUGAAGAAGUCAAACGUGGUGUGAGUAGAGGACAUCACACAAAGAACUUUUCCACCUCCAUAAUAAUUCCCUCAUUCCUCAAAGGAAUUUUAUUUUCAGAGUUGAACCUUGUUCAGUCUUUUUCCUGUUUUGUCACUAAAUAAUGUUUUAAGCUAUUUUAUAGUUCAUGAUACUUUCCAGUUCAAUAAAUGUUCAUGGUUCAAUUUGAAGAUUAUUGGUAUGUAUUAAUAUUAAAAGAAACCUACAAUGGUG